AGUGAGGAGGAGGCAGGUCCGGGUCUGAGCUGCAGAGUCCUGCGGGCUUCAGAGGGACAUCAUGCGGACUCCUGAGCACACUCCUGAGCCCUGAGAGGAGGAUCUACUUUUUUCCCGAUGAUAAUAACAAUAAUGAUAAUGUCUGGAGCUGCGGAGGAUUCUGCCGGGGGAAGUAGUUCGUCGCUAGUUUGGAUCUGAGACAAGAUGCAUCUGUUUCGGACUCACAACUACCGAGUGUUCCCGGACCGAUCCGCAGGGGAGAGCCCGACCAUCAGAGGCAUCAGCUGGACUCCACUGCCAGAGGCCCUCAAUUCAAAGGACACCAUGAAGCAGUUUCUUUCAGAUCGAGUCGUGAAAGCAGCGAGAUCAGUGUACAGCGUUUUGAUGGAGAGGGACUCAAAUCUGAUCCGAGACAGAAAGCAUCACCUCAAAACAUACAGACAGUGUUGUUCUGGUAAGGAGCUCGUCGAUUGGCUGAUGAAACAAAAUGAAUGUCUGGCGUCCAGGAGUCAGGCGGUGGGGAUGUGGCAGGUGCUGCUGGACGAAGGGAUCCUCGUUCAUGUGAAACACGAGUUGAACUUCCUGGAUAAAGACACGCAGUUCUACCGUUUCCAGGAGUGUGAGUUCAGUCUGCAUCACGUCUCCGAUGAGAGGGAGGAGGAGCUGCAGGAGGCCGUGUCUCUGCUCGCUCAGCUCGGCCCCGACGCUCUGCUCACCAUGAUCCUCCGCAAAGGCCCGAGUCAGAGGAGUGCGGAGGACCUGGAGGUGAUCUACGAGGAGCUGCUGCACGUCAAGGCUGCCGCUCACCUCUCCACCUCGGUGCGUAAGGAGCUGGCAGCAGUGCUCGUCUUUGAGUCGCACGCCAAGGCGGGAACAGUGUUGUUCAGUCAGGGGGACAAAGGCACGUCUUGGUACAUCAUCUGGAAGGGCUCAGUGAAUGUGAUCACACACGGGAAGGGUUUAGUGACCACUCUCCAUGAGGGGGAGGACUUCGGGCAGCUGGCGUUGCUGAACGACGCUCCGCGAGCCGCGACCAUCAUCCUGAGAGAAGACAACUGCCACUUCCUGCGAGUCGACAAACACGACUUCAUACGCAUCCUCAAGGAUGUGGAGGCGAACACGGUGCGGCUGGAGGAGCACGGGAAGUCUGUGCUGGUUCUGGAGAGGAGCGAGGGGGAGGAGACUGGAGGAGCAGCUAACAACAGCAAGUACACAGUGAUGUCAGGAACUCCAGAGAAGAUCCUGGAGCAUCUGCUGGACACGGUGAAGCUGGACUCGAAUGGAAAUGACGCCAUAGAUCCCUGUGUCAGCGACUUCCUGCUCACACACAAACUCUUCAUGCCAUCGAGCCAGCUGUGCCGGGCUCUACAGCACCACUAUAAUUCAAAGCUCUUCGAGGGUUCGGAUCAGGAGAAGGCGAACUACGUCCGCACCACCAAGCAGAAGGUGGUGAAGCUGAUCGGCCAGUGGGUGGCGCUGUACGGACUCCUGCUGAAAGAAGACUCCAUCGCUAUGGACUCUCUGGAGAGGUUGAAGAAGGAGGUGGCCGUUGACUAUCGUCUGACCAGCAUGCUGAAAGAUCAAUUUAGAGACCGGAGGAGAACAAAAGUACCGGAGAAUGGAUACCAGUCUCUGAGCAGGAAUCAGCAGUUUGAUUGGUUCUCAAACUGUGAGGAGCCGGUGGGGAGGUUACAGCCAAUCAGAGCGCAGGAUAAAGUUCUGUAUGAGAUCUACAGACCGGACUACAGACCGCUCACUCUGAUGCUUCCUGUCAGCGCGUCCGUACAGGAAGUGAUGUCAGCAACCGUGCAACCUGGAGGAGAUCACGUCCUCGUCAAAAUGAACUCAUCGGGAGAGAGAGCUCAGUUGAAGCUGGAUGCGUCUGCAGUUUUCACAGCGAUGGGACUCAACGAGCGGCUGUUCGUCUGCAGCAGCAGCCAGGUGGAUCAGCUGACGCCCCUGAAGGAGCAGCAGGGGCCCGAUCAAGGCACCCUGGACGUCCUGGAGCAGAUGGGAUCUAAAGAUAUCGCCUCUGAACUCACCAACUACGACUGGGAGCUGUUCACCGCCAUGCACGAGGUGGAGCUUGUCUACUACAUAUUCGGCCGCCAUAAAUUCCACGGCGCCAUCACGGCUAACCUGGAGCGUUUUGUGCGGCGCUUCAACGAGGUUCAGUACUGGGUGGUGACGGAGCUGUGCCUCUGUGAGGACCUGAUGAAGAGAGCCAUGCUGCUCAAGAAGUUCAUAAAGAUCGCUGCAGUAUUAAAGGAGCAGAAGAACCUGAAUUCAUUCUUCGCUGUGAUGUUCGGUUUGAGCAACAGUGCAGUACACAGGCUUUACAAGACCUGGGAGAGAAUACCCAGCAAGAUAAAAAGGAUUUACUGCGCCUAUGAGAGGUUGAUGGAUCCCUCUCGUAACCACCGAGCCUACAGACUAGCUGUGGCUAAACUCAGUCCUCCGUACAUCCCCUUCAUGCCGCUGCUGCUCAAAGACAUGACGUUCAUCAAUGAGGGAAAUCCAAACUACGUCGACAAACUGGUCAACUUUGAGAAAGUGCGCAUGAUCGCCAAGACAGUGAAAAUGGUCCGAGGAUGCAGAAGCCAGCCGUACGUACCGUCUUCUCCACAGAGGGGCCUCGCAGACCGGAUGUUUCUGGAAGGGCCUUCCAAUCGCAUUUCAACAUGCUCAGAAUACUCCCUUCCUCUUCGGAGCCCCAGCAACAUCCGGCACUACAUCCAGAACCUGAAGGUGGUCGACAACCAGCGCAAACUAACGCAGCUAUCCAGAACCAUCGAGUGUUAGAGCGUCUGCGUGGAAAAGACUGAUUAAAACUAAAGCCGAAAUCUGAACAAAAACUCAAACUGAAAGACUUCCGAGAUGCUGUGGAUUCACUUUAACUGAAGGACAUUUAGGGAAAAGCUCUCUGCGAAGUAUCAGGAGUGAACAUGUCUACAUUAAUAACCUCUAACGAUGAACCAGAGAUGAAAUGAUGAUGUCUGAGGAACUUUUUUGUAUCCAAGAAGCCUUACAGCCGUGCAUGUGCCACAGUGGGAACUGACAAAAGCAGUGAAGCAUACUUUUGGUGUAAGAAAUCUUUACUCUAACAUUUUGUAUCCUGCUGUCUGUGGAAGAACAAACCCUGCAGAUCGACACCAUAUGUUAUCACUUUAGGUCAGUUUUCUGUGCACAAACGCUUCCACAUUAAUAUAUUGUUAUAUCAUUUCCUGCCAACACCGACUGACAUCUAAUUUCAUACCAUGUUGUUUUUUCUAAAUAAAUUAUUUUCUCAGUUA